GCAACCUGGCCCGCUGGAGGGCCACGCGCAUCUUCAGACUUGCCCGAGCUGCGUCGAAGGUGCUCUCUAAAUCAGAACAGGGAAACGCACGACAAAAACUACAAACAUGUUUUCAUGGAUCCUUCUCAGCCUCUCACUCUCACUGAAUUUAUGGUUCUGUGAGGCAGCAUUAACUACUCAACAAGAAGCACCACAUAAUAUUAUGGAUCAAACCAACAUCAACCCUGAAGUUGUAAAACUUCUGGGCAGAAUUAAAUAUGCUGCUCGAAGCUGCAAAGAAAUUCGUGAGAAGUAUCACGUUUUUGAUGACGGCCUGUACUAUCUGGUCUCCUCAAGAGGAGUCCUUUACCAGACGUUCUGUGAUAUGACCACUGCUGGCGGCGGCUGGACGCUGGUGGCCAGUGUUCAUGAAAACAACAUGUUCGGAAAGUGUACUGUUGGGGAUCGCUGGUCUAGUCAGCAGGGCAGCAACCCAAACUGGCCUGAGGGUGAUGGGACAUGGGCAAACACAGUCACAUUCGGAGCUGCAGAAGCUGCCACAAGUGAUGAUUAUAAGAAUCCUGGAUAUCAUGACAUUGUGGCACAGGACAUAUCUGUGUGGCACGUUUCUAAUAAUAUUGAGCUGGAACACUGGAAAACUGCCUCCAUCCUGAGAUACCACACUGAAAACCACUUCUUAACCUUACACGGAGGAAACCUUUUCAAUUUAUUCAAGAAAUUUCCUGUGAGGUUUGGAAUGGGCACAUGCAUCGUUGAUAAUGGACCUGCAAUUCCAAUAGUGUAUGAUACUGGAAAUGCAAUGUCAAACAAAUAUCUGUAUGGUCCUCAUUCAAGAGGCAGCUUUCAUCCACUGUGUAAGCAUCUGUCAGAGAAACUGAAACUGCUUUUCUUGUCACGCAGCCAGUUCAAAACCCUUGAGCUGGUGACGACAGCUCCCAGUGGAACUGAACCCAUCCAGCCCUAUGUUUCUGCUCAAGAGACCGUAAAAGAACCUGGAGCCAAGGGGGACCGAAAGGACCAGCACAGUUCAACUUUCUCUAUAAUCCUAGAGAUCAGGAAAGAGGAGGAUUACCGUGUUCCCAUCUGA